UUUUAUCUCAAACUAUUUCCUACUGAUCCGCCACACUGGCCUUGUCAAGUUUCUCGUGGCCGACGUAGUUACUGGGUGACCAUGGCAUCUUCAUCGGCCUCACUGAACCGCCUUCGGGCGCCUGUCCAGCGUGCUAUCUCAAAUGCUUCCCGAAAUGCUUCCCGAAAUGCUUCUCGCUCCUACGCCACCGUCCCAACAAAUACACCAGAACCAGCUCUCUCCUCUACCGACAAGCCAGCCCGCCGUCCUACAUACUUUAAGGACACGACGGUCGCCUCGUUAGACGAAUUUAUAUCUGGCUCAUCUUCGUCCACUCUAACCGCUAGCGAUGCGUAUCAGCUACGCACCGCCGAAGUCGGGCCCGCGUCGAACCGGCGCACCAUCACCCGGCUACCCGAAUGGCUCAAGACGCCGAUCCCCGCCGGCAACGAUAACUACAAGAAGAUUAAGUCGGACUUGCGCGGGCUGGGCUUACAUACGGUAUGCGAGGAAGCUCGCUGUCCGAAUAUCUCGGAGUGCUGGGGCGGUAGCAACAAGAAUGCCGCCACCGCCACUAUCAUGCUGAUGGGAGACACAUGCACACGCGGCUGCCGCUUUUGCUCUGUCAAGACCAGCCGUGCUCCCCCGCCACUCGAUCCCCACGAGCCCGAGCACACUGCUGAGGCCCUAGCUCGGUGGGGCCUGGGCUAUGUGGUGCUGACGAGCGUCAACCGAGACGACAUGCCCGACGGUGGGUCGCACCACUUUGCCGAGACGAUCCGUAAGAUCAAGUCCAAGAAGCCGAGUCUACUCGUGGAAGCACUGACGAGUGACUUCUGGGGUAAUCUGGACUCGGUGGCCGUUGUGGCCGAGAGCGGGCUCGACGUGUAUGCGCAUAACGUUGAAACCGUUGAGGGUCUCACGCCGUACGUGCGGGACCGUCGCGCUACGUUCGAGACAAGUCUCAAGGUGCUCGAGCACGUGAAGAAGGUCCGGGGUCAAAACGGCAUCAUCACAAAGACGAGUAUGAUGCUGGGGCUAGGCGAGCAGGAGCAUGAGAUCAUGGACGCGCUAGAGCGGCUACGGAAGGCCAACGUGGACGUGGUGACUUUUGGCCAAUACAUGCGGCCGACGAAGCGCCACCUUCAGGUCGAGAAGUAUGUCACGCCUGAGGAGUUCGAGAUGUGGCGGCAGCGCGCCCUCAAUAUGGGGUUCUUGUAUGUGGCCAGUGGGCCAUUGGUCAGGAGCAGCUACAAAGCUGGCGAGGCCUUCAUCGAGAACGUCUUGAGGAAGCGGGCCGGAGAAAAUGGUGCUGCUAACGUAGACGGCAAACUAGGGGCGGCCGUGGCAAUUGAAGAUACGAAGGAAGCAUGAAGGCAUUUGCUCGUCCUUGAAUCAACCUGACUGGCUACUUCAACGUGUACAUAUACUAUAUAUAAUGAGACCGCCCGAGCCCAAGGCAUAGGCGGCACGGACUCGGCGCAUUAGAAGGGAUAACCUUUUUUAUGGUAGAAGAGAUGGUGGGAUUUUGCUAUUGGGUAUUUCUUGUAGAACCAGCUGGUCGUACGCAGCCUUAUUCAACCAGGAUGCAGUCGACUAAGCCAGUCAAUAACGAUCUUAAACGUUCUUUUAUAAAAUCACCAUUUCUGGUACUUGCCUACCUAGGUUAGGUAGGUAGGUAUCAAUUACUUGAAUGAUGUCCCCCCUAGUCUCCUUCACCGCAUCCCACAGCUCCUCCGCCAACAGGUCCUUCCGCGCAAACCCCAUCGUCUCAACCACCUGCGCCGCCGGUUAGCAGGCCCGCAGCGGCGGGAGCAGCUUGGCUUCGGCGCCGCGGGAGACUAGGCUGUAUUCGCCCUGGUAGCAGGCUGGUUUGGGGUUUAAAGAUAGUUACUCUUUGUCCUCUCUCUGGUUCGGUGGCUGUUGGAUGGGUGUUGGUAAUUUCAGACUAGCAUGUCGAAUAUACGUCUUUUAAUAUAAUUAGGAAAGUCUGCUUCCAAAGUAAGUAGCCCUUGGUGUAUAUAUAACAACGUCUAAUCGUUGGUGAUUGUUGUGUCGCGCAGGCCUUGGGGACUUUUCUAUACGAAGUCGGACCAACGUUAGCACCGAGAAAGAAUUAU